AUGAAGGCGUUUGCUGGUAGCUUCCAGCCAUGGAUCCCUCAGUGCAGAUCACCUUGCAUAUGCGAGGUAGCUGCCUCCAAAGACAACGGAGUCCUUGAAAGACCGUGUUCAACCCUCAGUGUGAUUGUCAACAUAGCCGUGAAGAAAAGUUAUAUAAACCCCAGCCCACCAGCCAAAAUGAAGUUCACUAUCCCAGCUACUCUCGGCCUCAUGGUCUCUCUCUCUUCUGCUGCUGCCAUCAGCGGCACCGUUUCCCUCUCCUACGACCCAAAGUACGACAAUGCCGGCCUCAGUCUUACUCAGGUAACCUGCUCUGAUGGCACCAACGGCCUUAUCACCAAGGGUUUCACCACCGCCGGUUCUCUCCCCAACUUCCCCAACAUUGGUGGCUCCUUUGCCGUCGAGGGAUACAACAGCGCCAACUGCGGCAAGUGCUUCAAGGUCACUUGGCCUGUCCUCAACAAAUCUAUCUUCGUUACCUCCAUCGACAAGGCCGAUGGCUUCAACGUCGCCAAGGCUGCAAUGGACACUCUUACCAACAACCAGGCCGGACAACUCGGCAGAAUCGACGUCACCUUCGAAGAUGCUCUGCCAACCGACUGUGGAUUCAAGGCUUAA